AUGUCGAGCACAACGAGUGCGACGGUUGACAGCGCGGACAUCGUCAGGCUAAUUCUUCAGUUCUGCAAAGAGAACAGUCUCUUCAGGACGCUGCAAUGUCUCCAAGAAGAGUCGCGGGUGUCUCUGAAUGCGGUGGACUCCCUGGAUGCACUCCUCAGCGACGUGAACAAAGGUCAUUGGGACACUGUCCUGCAGGCAGUGUCGUACUUAAGUCUGCCGCCGAACAUCCUCCAGGAUUUGUACAGCCAGGUGGUGCUGGAACUCGCUGAGCUGCGCGAGGUCGAGACAGCCCAUCAUCUCUUACGGGAGACGGCCCCAAUGAACGCACUCAAGCAGGCGAACCCCGAAAGGUAUUUGCGGGUUGAGGCUCUAGUCAAGAAGCACCAUUUCGAUGCAUCGGAAGCUUACGAGGGCAUGAGCAAGGAGAAGAUCCGCGGAAACCUUGCCCAGAGCAUAAGCAAGCACGUCCAGGUGGCUCCUCCAUCACGGCUGCUGGCGCUCGUCGGUCAGGCUAUGAAAUGGCAGCAGCAUGUGGGCCUUCUCCCAAAGAAUGCGAGGAUUGACGUGUUCAGAGGCGUGGCCAAAGAUGCCGAGGUCGAGGCCGAAAUGUGCCCGACCAUGGUCGCAAGGACUGUGAAAUUCGGCUCGAAAUCCCAUCCAGAAUGUGUGACAUUCUCACCGGAUGGCCAGUUCUGCGUGUCGGGUUCUGUCGAUGGCAUGGUGGAGGUUUGGGAUCAUCAGACUGGCACUCUGAGGAAGGAUCUCCAGUAUCAGGAUGAGGGCAGCUUCAUGAUGCAUGAUAAGGCUGUGAUCGCUGUGGCCUUCAACAAGGAGUCUGAGCUUCUCGCAACCGGCUCCCAGGAUGGCCAAAUCAAGGUCUGGCGCAUCGCCACAGGCCAGUGCGCCCGGCGCUACGAGAAAGCUCACAGCCAAGGGAUCACCUGCAUCACCUGGGCCAAAGACUCUUCGCAGCUGCUCACGGGUUCCUUCGACUUUACGGCCCGAGUGCAUGGAAUAAAGUCUGGGAAAACGCUCAAGGAGUUCAGAGGACACAAGUCCUAUGUAAACUCGGCAGUGUACACCAAAGACAACGCUCGUGUUGUGACGGCCUCGUCCGAUAGCCAUGUCAUUGUCUACGAUGCCAAGACCACGGAAAUCAUCAACACGAUCACGCCCCCUCCGCCUUCUCACUGCAGCUCCAUCAUGGACUACUCUGUGAACGCUGCUAUAAUGGCACCGAAGAUACCAGGAUACAGCGAGCACGAGGACUUAAUCUUCGUGUGCACGCGAACCAACACAAUUCUGCUGAUGAACCUCGCCGGGCAGGUACUGAAAAGUUUCUGCUCUGGAAAGCGCGACAAAGGCGAUUUUGUCGCAAUGACGACAUCUCCGAAAGGCGAAUGGCUGUAUGGGGUGGCGGAGGACAACACAAUGUACUGCUUCUCCGUGGCAUCAGGGUCCCUCGAGCAGACAUUGAAGGUGGCAGACAAGGAGGUCAUCGGUAUCGCGCACCAUCCCUCUCGCAACGUAAUAGCCGGUUUCGCUGGUGAUGGCUCCAUGGUCUUUAUGUCGGAUUCAAGGGAGGGGCCAGACAUUUCUCGCAGCAUCUAUGUCAACAAGGAUCCUGCAGACACUGCCGUAGGUCUCUCCCCUGGUGCACAGAGCGACGAUUGCUACGAGGUGCCCCAGGAGACACCACCUUCGCUGAAAGGACGGGAGCAACGGCAAAGCAGUAUGUCUCGCAGCCGCAGUUCUCGAGGAGGUGACUUCUGUUGUUCUUAUCCGCUCUUCGACCAGCUCUGA